AUCGAGUAAUCGAUCUAUAAAUACCACCCAGACCACUCUCUUCUUUCACAACUCAAAACCUCCUCCUAGUUCUCAAACACCUAUCUCUUUUUACUCUCUUUUUUUUUUUAUCCCUUCCAUAAGCUGAUCAUGGGUGUCUUCACUUAUGAAACUGAGUUCACCUCCGUCAUCCCACCAGCUAGAUUAUUCAAGGCCUUUAUCCUUGAUGCCGACACUCUCAUCCCAAAGAUUGCUCCACAAGCAGUCAAGGGGGCUGAAAUUGUAGAAGGAGAUGGAGGCGUAGGAACCAUCAAGAAGAUCACCUUCGGUGAAGGCAGCCAGUUCGGCUCUGUAACUCACAAGAUUGAUGGGAUUGACAAAGAUAACUUUGUCUACAACUACAGUUUGAUCGAAGGAGAUGCCCUGUCCGACAAGAUUGAGAAGAUCUCUUACGAGACCAAAUUGGUGGCUUCUUCCGAUGGAGGAUCCGUCAUCAAGAGCACAAGCAACUACCACACCAAAGGUGAUGUGGAGAUCAAAGAAGAGCACAUUAAGGCUGGCAAAGAGAAGGCAUCCCACCUCUUCAAGCUAGUUGAAGAGUACCUCCUGGCCAAUCCUAAUGAGUACUGUUAAAUUGCUCAGCCUUAAUUAGUACUGCCAGGCAGCCUUGGCGAUAGCCCAGGACUGCAGAUCAAAUGGGGCACCAAGGAGUUGACUGACUUGUCUUUUUGUAGUUUUGAGUAAUACCUAGCUUCCAGCCUUUUAGACAAAUGACAUAUCUGCAGAUCACUACUCUUUCUAUUAUGUAGUAUUUUUUUUUUUUUUAAAGAUCUUGACUUGUCUUUUUGUCUAGUUUUGAAUAAUAUCUAGCUUUGGACAAUGGAUAUAUC